AUGGUUCUUCCAUCUCAUUCAAGUUCAUCCCCACCCCUCCCACCUGCCCUCCCAUUACCGGGGCCUUCCACCACAACCCCUGCAGAGAUAACACAAUCCAUUCGCACAGCAUGCGCCAGUUCUUCCAGGUCCGCCUCAUCCCGCAACACAAAGAGUGAAGGUUCAGGCCCAAGACCACGGGAAAAGAAGCAUGCUUGCUGGAUGUGCGAGAAGUCCUUUGAUAGGCCCUCCACAUUGAGAAAGCACCUGCUCGUACACACAGGAGAAAAAGCAUUUGUGUGUGACACUUGUGGCCGUCGUUUUGGCGUUGCCUCUAAUCUUAACCGUCACGUUAAGCGGUGCAUUCUUAAGCCCGUAAACACUGCGAAUCGCACAAACCAGAUGUCAUCUAGUGACUCUGCUGGGACGUCACAAGAAGCCACAUCCGUCCUGCCAUCCGCUGCCUCACUUUCCACUGCCGCAUCACCAGAUUCAGAUCCACGACCGAAUAAGCGUGCUCGCGAGGAAUCGACUACGUCACCAUCAGAACAACCCAAGGCAUCCACGAAGAGGCGACGUCGUGCUCCGUCCCCGUCGCAAUGGAUACCGACAUCCCUUCUUCCAUUCAACCUUUUCCCCGUGGAGUCAACAAAAGCGACUACCGUCCCCCUUCCACCAGUUACGGCAGUCAAAGAUGAGGUAUCCAACGAAUGGCUUGAGGAACGCAACUCAUGGGAUGAGAGUGUUGGCCUCACGCCAUAUCACCCAUGUGGGUGGAAAGGCACCCUCCCGGGCCCAGCCGUAGGGUUCGGCGGCAAAGAUGUAGGGAACGUCGGCCUCGUGAAUGGAGGAACGUACGUUAUGGGAAGACUUGUCAUGGUCUAA